AUGAAAGCUGAAAAACACGGCGUAGACUUAUUGAAGGAAGGAGAGAAAGAAAGAAAUAAAGGAGACAAAAACGGAGAAAUCGAAGCAGCAGAAGACGAUUCUGGGGCCUCGGACGCGGCUUCUCACAUGAACCUCGGGGCGAUGCUGCACCUGAACGGGAAAUACGAAGAAGCAGAGCGGAGUUACGUCAAGUCCCUGGAACUGCGUCCAAACGACGCCACGACUCUAACGAACCUGGAACGACUUCACAACCUUUUCGAGAAGCGAGGAAUCAAGCGUCGCAAGGAACGUUGAAGUGUUUUUUCUUUCUUUCUUUUUCAUUUCUUUUUUUUUUAUGGUGGAUCUCCUGGCUAUAUAUUUUCACUUGUCGAAAGUGCUUUCUCUCUCGUGUCUCUCUCUUUUUUUUUUUUAAAAUCCCUGAUGACCUGUUCCUCAUCCUCCGAAAGUCUUGUUUUAUUCAGCUGCUGGUGAAACAGAAAAAAAAUAAAAAAAAGAAAAGGAGAAACUGGAAGACUGCAUUGUGAUGACGACCUUGUGAUUGACACGAACUCUUUUUACGCGUGUGUAUGUGUGUGUUGACCCACUAAAAAAAAGAAGAAGAAAAAACAACAGAGAGAAAAUUAUGCGAGUCGCUUUGAACCUGUCCCCGAUUUAUGUUCAGCCAGCUGCUAAAUAUAAAUGAAAAAUUCUGUGUAUUGGAGAUGAAACGAAAGAGAAAGAAAAAAAUCACGGAGGGAACAAACAGAGUUUGAAAUUACUUGACAAAUCGUUUCACUGUGCGUAUUUUUGUUCAUCGUUUGUUCAGAAAAAAAAAGUCGAAGAAAGAACCCGGUUGGUACAAUGAAGAAAAAGAAAAAGAAGAAGAAUACACCCUGAUGGAUUGUUUGA